AAGAACAAUCUAGUUUUCCCAAUCGUGAACAGACAAUCGACUUCCCCAGUGUUGUAAAGUCAUUCAUAACAUCGUUGAAGAACUCGUUUCACUUUUACUUAUUUCAAUUUUCAAUUUUAUUUCAUUGUGUGUUUAUACUCAAUCAGUGAAAUAUACAAAUCCCAAAUUAUAGAUAUAAUUUAUAUACAAUCUACCACCACUACAGGUUUACCUUUUGUAUAUAUUUAUACCCAUUCACAAGUUCAAUUGAGAUAAGCGUUUGUUUUUCGUUUUUUUAACUAUUCAUAUAAAGAUAUAUCUCAGAAAAUGUUCAGACUUGCAUUCAACUCAGGAAUGACCCAAAAGAUCAUUGCCGGUGGUGUUGGUGUUACUGGUUUAACUGCAUCCUACUUGUUAUACCAAGACUCCAUGACCGCCAAUGCCAUGACCGCUGCCGAACACGGGUUACAUCCUCCAGCUUACGGUUGGUCCCACAAUGGUAUGUUUGACACAUUUGACCAUGCCUCUAUCAGAAGAGGGUUCCAAGUUUAUAAAGAAGUUUGUGCUGCUUGUCACUCCUUGGACAGAAUCGCCUGGAGAAACUUGGUUGGUGUUUGUCACAACACCUCUGAAGCCAAGGCCAUGGCUGAAGAAUUGGAAUACGACGACGAACCAGAUGACGAAGGUAAUCCAAGAAAGAGACCAGGUAAGUUGGCCGACUACUUGCCAGCUCCUUAUGAAAACGAACAAGCUGCUAGAGCUGCCAACCAAGGGGCCUUACCACCUGAUUUAUCUUUGAUUGUCAAGGCCAGACACGGUGGUUGUGAUUACAUCUUCUCCUUGUUGACCGGUUACCCAGAAGAGCCACCAGCCGGUGUUGUAUUACCAGUUGGUACCAACUAUAACCCUUACUUCCCAGGUGGUGCUAUUGCUAUGGGUAGAGUUUUGUUUGAUGACUUGGUUGAAUACGAAGAUGGUACUCCAGCCACUACUUCCCAAAUGGCCAAGGAUGUUACCACUUUCUUGAACUGGGCUUCUGAACCAGAACACGACGAAAGAAAGAAGUGGGGUUUGAAGGCUAUCAUUGUUGUUUCCUCCUUAUACUUACUUUCCCUCUACGUCAAGAGAUUCAAAUGGUCUCCAAUCAAGAACAGAAAGUUCAGAUUCGACCCACCAAAGAAAUAAGCCAAAGGCGAACCCUUGGAAAAAGACAACAAUAUCAAGAGUAAAACAUAAAGUCAUUUAAUUCAUAUGUUCUUUUUCUUUGUAAAUAUAAAAGUUAUAUGAAUUAGCUCAUUCUUUCUGUUUGUCUUUUUCUUUAGACUGUCAUUUUGUUGUCAUCAUGAUAACAUUGGUUGUUUUUUUAUAUAAUAUGCAGAAAAAUACAUAUAAUAAUUGUUAUU